AUGUCAAAGAACGAGUACUAUAAUCCUCCACAAGGUCCUCCACCUACGUUCAGUCAAAGUGAAGGAGUUUCCGGUGGUGCUGGUGGCAGCUAUGUUCCGCAAUCACAACCACAAUACAAUGCUGACACUCAGGAUCGAGCAUUUGGGUAUCAUCAACAACAGGGAUAUGGACAAGGACCACCACCAAACGCAUAUUACCAACAACAACCUGGAUACGGCGGAGGAUACCCACAACAAGGUGGUUAUUACCAACAACAACAGCCAAUGUAUGUACAACAACAAAGAUCGAGCAACAAUCAGGAUUGUUUAAUGGCUUGUUUGGCAGCAUUGUGUAUUUGUUGUACAUUGGAUGCUAUAUUCUAA